AUGACGGGCAGCUCGAUACCGGCAGCCGAAGCUUCACGUGCUGCUGCCUUCGCAGCUUGCGAUUUGGACACGUUUGAUGUGGAUGAAGACGAGUUCAGCGACAAUGUCGCAGAGCUCGACUCGGGAUUGGCAGCCCUGGCCAGCGAUGAAGAGUCAGAGGACGAAGGUGGAGAUCCUUGGCUGGCAGCAGCCGCAGCAGAAUGGGAUCAGGUUCAGAUAGACGAGCUUCAUGCACAGCUACGAGAGAUUGGCAUGAUCAAUUUCCUGCGAAAGUAUCUCAGGCUCGAACGAGACAGUCCAGGCUACUCUGCACGACAGCUUCUGCUUGCCUUUGGCGUGCUCGUGCCUGUCUCAGCAGAGGAUGACAGCAACUUGCGCUACGUUCAGAUGCUCAAAGUCACCAUUUUGCGCAUCUUGCGACGACGCGAACGCCGCACCGAUGUCUCUACCCUCGAAGAUGCGCUUCGACAGAUCAAGACUGCCCGCAACAUUAUCAUCCUAUCAGGCGCGGGAGUGUCGACCAGUUGCGGCAUCCCUGACUUUCGCUCGAGCGAUGGCAUCUAUGCCAAAUUACGCGAUGAGGGCGCAUACGAACUCGAUGAGCCUCAACAGAUGUUCGAUCUGCAGUUCUUCCGACACAAUCCGCAAGUCUUCUACUCUUUCGCCCAUUCCCUUUAUCCUUCCAAUUUCUUGCCAUCUCGUACGCAUAGCUUCAUAAGACUACUAGAAAAGCACGGCAAGCUCCUUCGCAACUACACGCAAAACAUAGACACCCUAGAACAACGUGCCGGCAUCAAGCGUGUCCUGAAUUGUCAUGGCUCUUUCGCAACGGCCUCUUGCAUGCGCUGCAGGAGAGCCUUUCCCGGCGAGGCUAUCAAGGAAGACGUAUUUGCAAAACGGGUGCCCCUUUGUCCUUACUGCACAGCAGACGAUGAGGCACACACUGAAGAGCCCUCGCCACCUGCGAAAAAGCGCAAGACCGACGGACAAGCUCUCAAUUGGCGCGCGGACGCCCACGAGGAAGAUGACGAGGAGGAGGAACAUAACCCUUGGCUGUCUAAGCCUAUCUUGCGAUUCGACAUUUGCCUCUUCGGCGAGCCUCUACCGGACGAGUUCGACCUUUGCCUGGCGAAAGAUCGCGAAAAGAUCGAUCUGCUGAUUGUGAUCGGCAGCAGCUUAUCUGUUGCGCCCGUCAGCGAGCUGACAGCACAUAUACCCCAUUCAGUUCCUCAGAUUCUGAUCAACCGUGAUCCGACUCCGCAUGUCAAUUUUGAUGUCUGCUUGCUCGGUGACUGCGACGUCGUCGUGUCUUGGCUUUGCGAUCAGCUAGCAAAGGCAGGCUCGGAGGACAUCUGGCGAUUGCCAUCUGCCGAAGAGCCGCGAGCUGUCGACACAGAUGUCGAGGUGCCGAACAAGCCAGAAGAACACGUCUCGUCAGUCGAAGCGCUUGCUUCCGCAAGCUCGCUCGCGAGCGUCGAAGAUGUCGUGGCAGCGCCGCUCGCACCUUCCUCUGAGCCUCAGCGAAUCGCUGACACGCACUUUUAUGCGUUCUCCGGUGCAAAUCUUGAUCAUCCGUUCAUCAAAAGGCUGCGACGAGGUUCGAAAUCGUCAUCUCCGUCUCCUACCAGCGAAACCCCUACGCCUCAGCCCGAAGUCGCGACCGAGCAAGAGACGGAGUGA